AUGGCGGCUCCGGCAGGUCCCCCGGCUGAGGCGCCUGGGACCGAAUGCUCUGAGGAGGCGCUAGCUGCCGCUCUGGCGGACGUGCCCGAACUAGCCCGCCUUCUAGAGACAGACCCGUACCUGAAGCCCUACGCUCCGGACUUCCAGCGCAGGUAUAAGCGGUUUAACCAGACUUUGAGCAGCAUUGGAGAGAAUGAAGGUGGUAUUGAUAGGUUUUCCAGAGGUUAUGAAUCAUUUGGCGUCCACAGAUGCGCUGAUGGUGGUUUAUACUGCAAAGAAUGGGCCCCAGGAGCUGAAGGAGUUUUUCUUACUGGAGACUUCAAUGAUUGGAACCCAUUUUCACACCCAUAUAAAAAACUGGAUUUUGGAAAAUGGGAGCUGUAUAUCCCACCAAAGCAGAAUAGAUCUGUCUUAGUACCUCAUGGAUCCAAACUAAAGCUUGUUAUCAGGAGUAAAAGUGGAGAAAUCUUGUACCGGAUUUCACCGUGGGCGAAAUAUGUGACUCGUGAAGGCAGUAAUGUGAACUAUGAUUGGAUACAGUGGGAUCCAGAAUACUCGUAUAAAUUUAAACAUUCCAAACCAAAGAAGCCAAAAGGUCUACGAAUUUAUGAAUCUCACGUGGGAAUUUCUUCCUAUGAAGGAAAAAUAGCUUCUUAUAAACAUUUUACAUGCAAUGUACUACCAAGAAUCAAAGACCUUGGAUAUAAUUGCAUUCAGUUGAUGGCGAUCAUGGAACAUGCUUACUAUGCCAGUUUUGGUUACCAAAUCACAAGCUUCUUUGCAGCUUCAAGCCGUUAUGGAACUCCUGAAGAGCUGAAAGAACUGGUUGAUACAGCUCAUUCCAUGGGUAUUACAGUCCUCUUAGAUGUGGUACACAGCCAUGCCUCAAAAAAUUCAGAAGAUGGACUAAAUAUGUUUGAUGGGACUGAGUCCUGUUACUUUCAUUAUGGACCUAGAGGGACUCAUAUUCUAUGGGAUAGUCGGUUAUUUGCCUACGCCAGCUGGGAAGUUUUAAGAUUUCUUCUGUCAAACAUAAGAUGGUGGUUGGAAGAGUAUGGCUUUGAUGGAUUUCGUUUUGACGGUGUUACAUCAAUGCUCUAUCAUCACCAUGGAAUAGGUGAGAAUUUUUCAGGUGAUUACCAUGAGUAUUUUGGACUACAAGUAGAUGAAGAUGCUUUGACUUACAUCAUGUUGGCAAAUCAUUUGGUUCACACACUGUAUCCAGAUUCUAUAACAAUAGCUGAGGAUGUAUCAGGAAUGCCAGCUCUGUGUUCUCCAAUUUCCCAGGGAGGGGGUGGUUUUGACUAUCGAUUGGCCAUGGCAAUUCCAGAUAAAUGGAUACAGUUACUGAAAGAAUAUAAAGAUGAAGAUUGGAACAUGGGCAAUAUAGUGUAUACACUCACAAACCGACGCUACCUUGAAAAGUGCAUUGCCUACGCAGAGAGCCACGAUCAGGCACUCGUUGGGGAUAAGACAUUGGCAUUUUGGUUGAUGGAUGCUGAAAUGUAUACCAACAUGAGUGUUCUGACCCCAUUUACUCCCGUUAUUGAUCGUGGAAUACAGCUUCAUAAGAUGAUUCGACUCAUUACUCACACACUUGGUGGAGAAGGGUAUCUCAAUUUCAUGGGUAAUGAAUUUGGGCAUCCUGAAUGGUUAGACUUCCCAAGAAAAGGAAAUAAUGAGAGCUACCAUUAUGCACGAAGGCAGUUUCAUUUAACUGAUGAUGAUCUUCUUCGCUAUAAGUUCCUGAAUAACUUUGACAGGGAUAUGAAUAAAUUGGAAGAAAGAUGUGGUUGGCUUUCAGCUCCACAGGCCCAUGUGAGUGAAAAGCAUGAAGACAAUAAGAUCAUUGCUUUUGAGAGAGCUAGUCUUCUUUUCAUCUUCAACUUUCAUCCAAGCAAGAGCUAUACUGAUUACCGAGUUGGAACAGCAUUGCCAGGAAAGUACAAAAUUGUGCUCGAUUCAGAUGCAGCAGAAUACGGAGGACACAAGAGACUGGACCACAAUACCGAAUUCUUCUCGGAACCUUUUGAACAUAAUAACUGUCCCUGUUCUCUUUUGGUAUACAUUCCAAACCGAGUGGCCCUCAUCCUUCGCAAUGUGGACCUGCCCAACUGAGGAGAUCUGAUUUCAGCUCCCGCAGAGGAAGACCUGUGCUUUGUUUUCCCACGCUCACUGUCCCAGAACUUGUAAUGUGUAAGCUUUUCAAAAUAUAUUCGUCUAGCCGAAAUGUCCGAUGUCUGAAAUUCAGUAUUGGUUUAUGAAAAUGAAUGUCAAACUUUAUUCUUUAAAGAGUAGAAGGGGACAUAUUUUUGAAAUUUUAGCGAUCCUAGACUACAUUGUCCAGCUAGAAUCCUUGAAGUGUUGUAUAUCAUGUCUUUAAAGAAUUUUG